AUGGUUAAAUUGUUCAAAAUCGCCUUAAUCCAACUCGUGCUCGUCAUUUUUAUUGCAAAUGUUGCCCUUGAAGCUGCUACCACGAAACUAAAUGUUAUGGACAAGUGUUGGAGACCAAAUCCGCAUUGGCGUCGAUUUCGCCAACAACUUGCUCAAUGUUCAGUCGGAUUUGCAGGAAAAAUGAUAGGUAAUAUCGGUAGAGGUGUUACACAUUAUAAGGUAACUGAUCCUUCUGAUGAUCCUUUAAACCCUAAACCCGGGACUUUGAGAUUUGGAGCAACAUUAGUCAAAGGAAAAAAAUGGAUCACUUUCAAAAGAAACAUGAAGAUCAAUCUCUAUAAACCACUUCUCAUUAGUAGCUUCACUACCCUUGAUGGUCGCGGUGUUAGCGUACACAUCUCUGGUCCUGCUUGCCUCCUCGUCUAUCAGGCCACGGAUGUGAUCAUACAUGGCUUGAAGAUCCAUGAUUGUAAACCGCAUCCACCAAGCUCAGUGAUGGGACCAGACUCAAAGAUCAUCGAGCUAGGUCAAGUUGAUGGUGACGCGAUUGGGUUAAUCACUGCAAGAAAAGUGUGGAUUGAUCAUAACACACUCUACGAUUGUCAAGAUGGUCUUCUUGACGUCACAAAAGGGACGACUGACGUCACCGUGUCCAACAAUUGGUUUAGGAACCAAGACAAGGUCAUGCUUUUAGGACACGACGAUGGUUACAUAAGAGAUAAAAAGAUGAGAGUCACUGUUGUGUUUAACCACUUUGGUCCUAACUGUAACCAGAGAAUGCCAAGGGUCCGACAUGGAUAUGCACACGUGGCAAAUAACUAUUACCAAGGAUGGACUCAAUAUGCCAUUGGAGGAAGCAUGAGUCCACGUGUCAAAAGUGAAUCCAACUACUUUGUCGCACCUAAGGUGUUGAUUGGUUCACCUGCUAGCACCCACAAACGCUGCGUUUGCGGGUGGUAG